AUGUCUGCUCAGGACGCCUAUGUCAGGCACCAGGCCGUUGUGCCAGACAAGAUCCCCACUGGAGAGUACCCUCUCAUCGACAAUGACCCACACUUCAAGCGAGUCAUUCGGUAUGCCCGUCCGUCCGACUGGGCGCAAGGUGCCGCGCUCGGAGCCUUGAGCCCCGGAUUGAUGAUGUACUGGGAGAAGAUCUCGCCCUCCAUGGUCGGCAAGGGCGGUUUCGCCCCCAUCAUGCGACUGAGCGGUGCUGUCGGUCUUACCGGAGCCUUCGUUUUCGUCUACUCGAGGUCAUGCAUGCGCUUCUACGGUGCCCGCGAGAACCGCCGCGAGGUCGAGAUGGACAUGCGCGAGAUGGUCGACAAGGUCAAGAAGGGCGAGUCGCUGUACGGAACCACCGAGAUGACCGAGUACAUGCAGGGAGUUGCGCACAGGAACUCGCGUUACUCCUCCACAUUUUCGCACAUCCUCGCAUGGCCAAACUUUGUCAAUCACCCUUACCACGGCGUGGACACAGCCAAGUACUACCGCCAGGCUGAGUUGGAGCUGGAACAGGAGAGGGGUGGUCGGUAA